UUUUUCCUAGGUUGUUAAGUUUUUACAUAGCAUGCACAAAUUAGCUAUCGGCGUCACUCAUCAACCAUGGCCAGCGCACCACAACAGGCUACGCAGAAUCUGCUGGCCAGAGCGCAUUCCCCCGACAGUGUGAAUCGCAUAUACUCGGAAAAGAUCCAGCAUCGCUCGCUCAUCCUGCGACCAACCUCUCCUCCGCCUUCCACAAUCAACGCGCGCGCCGCACGUCGAAAAGCUCGCCAAGAUAAAAAGGAAAAGCAAAAGCAGCGACCCAAGCCACUAUCCUCUCGAGAGAAGCGAAGCUUGGGCCUUCAUGACAUACCUAAGGAUGGCCAAAAAUACCACAUCUAUGAGCCUCUGAGUCAAAUGUGGCUUGGAUAUGCUCGAGAGCUACUUGGGAACGAUCUUUCUACUGGAGGGCCCAGUGCAGCGGCGAAACUAGCCAGCGCCGAGUUUCAUGGUGCUCCUAUUCAAGUUGUUCGAAGCCAUUGCCCGAGUCGGGUCGGCAUUCAAGGUGUUGUCGUCCGCGACCGCAAGUUUGUCUUCGAGAUUAUAACCAAGAAAAGAGGAGUGAAAGUUGUUCCCAAGGAAGGCACUAUUUUUCGAGUCGAAAUAACGAUUAAUGAUGGAGCCUCUGAUGGUGAGAGCGGACAAAACAAAAAAUUUGCUUGCGAGGUUCUCGGAGAUCAGAUGAUGUUGAGGGCAGCAGAUCGCGCCAACAAGAAGUUUAAAGCACACUUUCUGUCAAAUAUUUGAGCGCCUUCCAGGAUCGAGAUUAUACGUUACCGACAAGGCCAUGCAGGGGGUUAUGGAUGACAUCGUUGCCUCUUAUGCUCAUAGAGCAUUCGAAUCAACACAAAUCAAUCGGGCGAUGGCAAAAGUAUCCUUAAUUGGGUACUGACGCAUUCAGGUGGGCGUGGUGUUACCACCUACUCUUACUAUGUGAAAGACUGUGUGCCCAUCCUACACAUGGAGUUUUGCCAAACGCAUGCGUCUCGCUUUGCAGGCGUCAUGAUACCACGUCCAUAAGGGGACAGUGAGCGUCAAGGUUCAAGAUACACAAUGUUAGUAUCAACUGGGGUGUGAUAUUUACGCCUCAGUAUCUCAAGUUUUUAUUGGGUGUAGCAAACCACAACAGCUAUGCUGGAACUUACAAAUCUGUAUUUGCUUGUAUCGCCAACACCAGCGUUAACCGCAGUUGUACAACGAGGGUUCAGAUACAACACCAUGAAGAGUACGCUGAAUAGUAUUUAGUGAUCAACACUCAUCAAUAGUUCUCAUUGGAGGGUGAGUGCAGCCAGAUGUCUCGGGGAGAAAGGUUAGAAGGUGCAAGCUGACACAAAUAGUUUUGAAUGGACUUAAUGGCACCGCAAAAUGCGGAUUAUCUGCAAGUUAUAGUUUAGCACCUCACUCAAUGGCCUUUAAUGGAGCCAUGAUGUGAAAUCAUCGUCUCGACGUAGAGAUAGCCUUUGAGUACCAGGUCAGACGAGGCAGACUCAGAAAGUUAACCUAUCGCCACGCCUCGAGCGGGGGAUGAAGAAAUUAGUUCAUACCUAACGCUAUAACUAGGCAAAUGUUAUUACGGGGAUUUACAAUACAAAAAUGCGUUGGAAUAUACAAUGAUCAGGGCCGACGAAUUAUUUACAAGUUUCAAUUGGCUUACGGUGAUCGUAUCACAUUUCAAAUAUGAAGAAGUUUCAUACUGUUUUGUUCUUGAUAUAGUAUCCUUCUCUUUACCCCUCCAGCUAAGGCGUCUGUCUACAUAUAGCUGAGCAUUGUGUCUUGUGGCGUGCAUACUUGGCAAAGGCUAUAGCCCAUAUUCGGGUUUCAAGUUCUGAUUCAUGGGGAGGUAGAAC